UAAAUCAGUAAAUCAUAAUAAUCGCGUUUAUACAUUUAAAAAUGAGUGGAAGAAUGUGAUAUAUACAUACAUGGAUGUGUACGUAUAUCUCUCCACCUUUUACAGUGUGUCAUUCUGAGACAGUACUCUCUGUCUCUUCCAACCAAAAAGAAAAAAAAGAACAGAAAAAAAAAACCCAACCGAGGAAUAAAAUGCCGAUGAAUCAUUGAGGAGAGAGAAAGAAGCUGGAAAAAAUAAUGGGGUGAAAGUGUAAUUUAGCGGCUGAGGUGGGUUUUUUUCAUUACAGCGGCUGCUGAUCAAAGGCUCUGUUUGGGUUUUCAGAUUUAUGCGAGAUAGUUCUAUAACCGGUGUAAAAGUCUGGGUUUUCCGGAAUCCACCGGAGUUGCAUUUCUGUUCUUCGCCGGAGUAAUGGCAAACUUGUCGCAUUCAGAAUCGAGACGCUUGUAUUCUUGGUGGUGGGAUAGCCACAACACACCAAAGAACUCAAAAUGGCUCCAAGAAAAUCUCACAGAUAUGGAUGGCAAAGUGAAAUCGAUGAUCAAGCUCAUAGAAGCGGAUGCAGACUCAUUCGCGAGGCGGGCCGAAAUGUACUACAAGAAACGGCCCGAGUUGAUGAAGUUUGUGGAGGAGUUCUACCGAGCUUACCGUGCGCUAGCAGAAAGGUACAACCACGCCACGGGUGAACUUCGCCAAGCCCAUCGAACCAUAUCGGAGGCAUUUCCCGAAGAAGUACCUUUCGAACUCGGUGAUGACUCGCCUUCGAAAACUGAGCCUCUCACACUAGAAGUAAAAAGACGCGUGCAUGCGUUGUUCGAUGCUGACGAAUUGCUUCAAGAUUCCGAUGCAGGGUCGAAAAAACGGGGUUUGAAGCAAUUGCAUGAAAUGCUUCGAGACAAAGAAGCAUUGCUUCAAAGUUCAAAUUUUUCCGACAAAGGAAUAAACGGGAGUAAUGAAGUUGAAGGGUUAAAGAAAGCCCUUUUGGAUAUCGAAGCUGAAAAGGAAGAUCUGCUACUCCAGUACCAACAAUGUCUUGUAAAGCUUUGUAAAAUCGAGGGAGAGAUAAAUGAGGCUCAAAAAAAAUCGGGCAGAGCUGAAAUCGAAGCCCAAGCUUUGAAGGAAGCUCUCAUUCAAUUAGAGGCUGAAAAGAAUGCGGGAAUGGUCAAGCAGAAAGAGUAUUUGGAGAGGAUAUCUGAUCUCGAGGCUAUGGUUUCGAAAUUCCAAGAAGAUACGAAGGGGCUCGAUAAAAAAGCGUUCGAAGCAGAAAGUGAAUCUCGAACUCUAAAAGAUAAAAUGUCGGGAUUAGAGCUCGAAAAGGAGACGGUGAUGCAACAGUACAAACAGUGCCUCGAAAAAAUAUCGGACUUGGAGAACAAAAUCUCUAUAAUCGAAGAUGAGGCCAGCAUUCUUAAGAAACGAGCCGAGAGAGCUGAAGCUGAAGUUUCUGAACUGAAAAGGGCGUUUGCUAAUCUGAACAAGGAGAAAGAAGCUUCGGCCCUGCAGUACAAGUGCUGCCUGGAAAUCAUAUCCAAGCUCGAGAAAGAUAUAUCGAGCUUGACUAAUAAAGUCUCGAUUGGAAAUGCGAAGCUCAAGACUACCGAAGCGAAGUGUGCGCUGUUCGAGAAGUCGAAUCAAUCACUGCGAGUCGAGGCGGAUAAUCUCGUGAAAAAGAUUGCUGCGAAAGAUCAAGAACUCUCAAAAAAGCAGGGCGAAUUGGAGAGUCUUGAAGUGCGUUUAAAGGACGAGCAUUCACGUCACGAAAAAGUCGAAGCCACUCUCGAGACUCUGCAAAAUUCGCACUCUAAAUCUCGAGAUGAUCAAAUGGCUCUGACGCUUGAGCUCAAAAAUGUAGUUCGAAAGCUGAAAGAAACUGAAGCUAGCAAAAAUUGCUUGGAAGAAGAGAUUCGGCAGGUUAGAGAUGAAAACGAUGGUUUGAGCCGAACGAACUCUUCUAUGGAGAGUAUGCAGACUGAAAUCUUUAGUUUGAGGGAGAUUAAGGAAAGGCUCGAAAAGGAAGUUUCGCACCACAUUGGAAUAACUAUUUCUCUUCAAAGGGAGAUUUUGAAUUUGAAAGAAGAAAUCGAAGGAUUGAAUAGGCACUAUCGGGAUUUAGUGGAGCAAGUGGAAGAAGCAGGUCUCGACCCCACGUGUGUUUUGAUUUCGAUAAAGUGCUUGCACGAGGAGAAUUCGAAGCUGAGGCAGCUAUGCGAAAACGGCAGAAACGAGAAAGCAAUCAUGUCGAAGAAGCUAGAGAAUAUUGAAGACGCAUUGCUGGAAUCGGGCCAAUUUAUUUACGGAGAAAAAACUGCUUUAGUUGCUGAGAAAGCUUCUAUUCUGUCUCAAUUACAAGCCAUGACCGAGAAUAUGCAGAGUUUAGUGGGAAGAAACGCCGUUUUGGAGAAUUCACUAUCCACCGCCAAAAUCGAGCUCGAAGGUUUGAGGGAAAAAUCAAAGGGAUUAGAGGAGAUUUGCGAAUUGCUCAAGAACGAAAGAUCGUAUCUUUUGACCGAAAGAGGCAGUUUAGUUUCGAAGCUGGAAAAUGUGGAGAGAAGGCUGCAGAUUUUGGAGAAAAGAUUUAUGGGGUUGGAAGAAAAAUACACUGAUUUAGAGAAAGAGAAAGAAGCCAUGCACGAUCAAGUCGAAAAGCUCAAGCUUUCGUUGGAUGAGGAAAAUCAAGAACGAACGAGCUCUCAGAUUUUGAGCGAAACCCGAUUGGCUGGGCUCGAAAAUCAAAUCCAUCUCCUUCAAGAAGAGAACACGUGUAAGAAGAAGGAAACAGAGCAUGAACUCGAUAAAGCUUUGAAAGCGCAGUUCGAAAUAUCCAUCUUGCAUAAAUUUAUAAAAGAUAUGGAAGAGAAGAACUACUCUCUCAUUGUCGAGUGUCAAAAACACGUCGAGGCAUCGAAAUUGGCGGAGAAACUGAUAUCCGAGCUGGAGGGUGAAAGUCUUGAGCAGCAAGUUGAAUCUGAGCUCCUAUUGGAUGAAAUCGAGAGGCUGAGAUUGGGAAUAUAUCAAAUUUUCAGGGGAUUGGAAAUUGCUCCUGAGGAAAAGGUUGUCGAAAACGAACAAACUUUCUUGCAUUGUAUUCUUGAAAGUAUUGAAGAUAUGAAAUGUUCUCUUUCGGAAUACGAGGAUGAAAAGCAAGAGCUCUUGGUUGAGAACUCGGUUCUUUUAACUCUUCUCGAGCAGUUGGAGUCAAAGGGCGUGGAAAUCGAGACGCGGAAAAUACACUUGGAGCAAGAGUCGAAAAUCAUGGCUGAGAAGCUUAGUGCUGUCGAACACGAAAAAAACGAACUUGUGGAAAUAAACGGGAAGUUGAAAUUGGAUGUGAGUGAAGGUCGUGAAGAAGCUGCUGUACUCGAGGCUGAAUUCGGGAGUCUUCGUGUCAAACAAGCUGAUUUGCAGAAGGCGUAUAAUGCAUUACAGGCAGUUUACUCUAAAGUGAAUCAAGAAAAUACGUAUUUGUUGAAGAAGUUUUCGGUUCUGAAAGAUGAGAAAUACGAGUUAGAGCGGUAUAACGAGGAUGUAAUUCUUGAACUUUUAGCAACUGCUAAUGUAUCUGAAGUCUUGAGGAGUUUCGGGAGAGAGAAAGUCGAAGAAGUGAAAUUACUUCUCGCAGAUCUGAACCGACAAAAUGAGGUCAAUAUUAGCCUCGAAAAGGAAAUGAGUGUAUUGAUAGGGAAGCUUGAGUUGCAAAAGGCUGAAAAUUUAGCCCUGAAAGAUGCCGUUUUUAGCUUGGAGAUCGAGAUGGAUGUGGUCAAAGAAUGCAAUGUUCGAAUGAACCAGGAUGUAAUAAAUGGUAAAGAGAGUUUGCUUCAGACACAAACAAAGCUCUUAGAUGCAGAAACGAAGCUCGAAGCUGCGGAAAAAUCGAACUUAACUCUGUGCACAACAAUGGGCGAAAUGAAGAAGGAAAACGAGAGCCUUCACAUAGCGAACAAGAAUUUGGAGUCAGAAAUUUGCUUACUUCGUCAAGAAAGAGAAGAAAAUAAAACGAGAGAGCAGAAUUUGAGCAACGAAUUCGAGCUAUGGGAAGUUGAAGCAUCGACGUUUUGCUUCGAUCUUCAGGUUUCGUCCGUUAAUGAAGUCUUGCUGAAAAAUAAAGUGCAGGAGCUAACUGGGGUUUGUCGGAUUCUCGAGGAAAAAGAUGGUUCAAAGUCAACGGAGAUUGACCAAUUGAAAAGAAAGAUUUCUUUAAUGGAGAACGAAAUUAGUGGAUUGAAAUCCCAACUGCAUGCAUAUGCUCCAGUCGUAGCUUCACUUAGAGACGACAUAUCAUUCAUCGAGCAUAAUGCACUGCUUCGCUCAAAGGUUAAAGCAGCCGACAAUCGAGACACCGAGUUUCUAGCAGCUAAGGUUGAUCUUCCGGAAGAUCAAUCCCUUGCCAGUUUGCAGAAAUUGCAGAUGAGAGUUAAGGCAGUUGGAAAAUUGAUCGAAGAAUCGAAUAAUAGCAAAAGACAAGAACCUGGUACGAGUGAGAAUGACAAGCUUAAGAACCACUGUCUUAUUAGAGACAAGCACGAACAUAGCAGCCGAAAAACGAAGAUGCUGAUGAAAGAUAUCCCUCUCGAUAUAGUCGUCUCGCACAGCUCAGAACUGAAGAGAGGCAGUGUUAGAACGGACGAUCAUUUGAUGCUCGAGAUGUGGGAAACUGCUGAUGUGGACGGGAAAAAUCGGGACCAAACAACAAUCGGAGACUCGCGUAGAAUUUCGUACAAGUUGAGGCAAAGGGACAAAUCGCAGUACAAAUCCGACCCUCCGUCGACCGAUUCGGAUGUGGAGAAAGAGCUGAGUGUGGAUAAGCUAGAGCUUUCGUCAUCAUCGUCAAGAAUCAGUACUACUAAGCCGAAUCAAGAAUCGAACGGCGUAAAGAUUCUUGAAAGGCUCUCGUCCGAUGCAAAAAAGCUCGAGAAUCUUCACGUAACCGUCGAAAACUUGAGAACGAAACUGGAGACGAACAAGAAGAUUAGAAAGGCGAAGAGCAUCGAUUAUGUGGCGGUCAAACAAGAGCUCCGUGAAACGGAGGAUGCGGUAGUGUAUUUAGUGGAUCUGAACAGUCAACUCGUGAAGAAUAUCGAAGAGUGCCCGAAAGAUGAAAUGGCUUCGCCUCGAAUGAGAGAGACCCUAAAAACGUGGAGAGUUAAAGUAACCGAGCAGGCGGAAAAAGGGUCCGAAAAAGUCGAUCAGUUGCAAGUCGGGAUACAGAAGAUUCAGUGCAUGUUGUUGAAAGUGGAGGAUGAGAAAAUGGUGAGUAAAGGGAGGAAUAAGUUCUUGAGGAGCAAAAGUAUUAUUUUGAGGGAUUUCGUUUACAAUGGAAGGAAAAAUAGCGGGAGGCGGAAGAAGGGCCCGAAUUGUGGCGGGUGCUUUAGACAGUCGACUAGUAGGAAUGAGAACGGUUCGUUUUCUUGAGGUUUGCGAGUAAUUUAUGACAAGAGGUCUUGUUCUUGUACUUUGUGUUAGGAUUGUUUUGUUGUCUUUUAGUUUGAUGGAACUGAGUUUAUUCUUAGUAUUGAGGAACUGGUAAUGUUUGGAUUUGUUCUAAUUUGAAUAAUUUAUUUAAGUUAUUGUUUUUUUUUUAGCCUUU